AUGAAGGCUAUGAAAUCUAUUAUUUGGAGACUUCCCAAAAUGCCGAAAAUCAAAAUCACAAAAACUUACGAAGUUGCCAAAAUCACGGCAAUAUUAACCCUUAUAGGAUUUAUCAUGGGCCUCGAAGUUCCGUCAUUAGCAACUUUUCUCACAAACAAGACAUUCAACGAAUAUUUCAAGUACCCAACACCAUUGCAACAAGGCCUAUUAAUGGGGUCCACUCCUCUGGGUGGCAUAGCUGGGUGCCUUAUUUAUUGUAUGAUGAAUGAUAAAUAUAGUAGAAUUUACCAAUUUCAAACGGGAAUAAUAAUUUGGAAUAUAGUUACACUGUUGAAUUUCGGUAUUUGGAACUUGUUAGGUUUACUGAUUUGUCGAGUGAUCAAGGGGAUGAUACUGGGGAAUUUUUCGAUCUUGGUGGCUUCGUAUGCUAAUGAAAUUAUUCCUCGCGACAAACGUGGUAGUACAAUGAGUUAUAUUCAAUUGUGUUUAACCAUAGGGAUUCUCGUCAUGCAUUACUUGUGCAUUGCAUUGAGCCUUUGGAAGUCACAUUUUGCGUUCCGUGUUGCAUGGUGUAUAGGAAUUGUUCCCGGAGUGGCGUUUUGGGCAGCUAGUUACGCCUUACCAGAAUCCUACCAUUGGCUAGUACUGCAUGGACAGAUGAGUAAAGCCCAGGAGAUUCAACACAAUUUAGCCAAGAAAUUUAACGAAAGCCAGCCAAGAGAUGCAGUACCGGAAAUGAGUAAGAUUGAAUUAGCAGGAGAUUUUUGGAUUGGUGUUAACGAUCUAAAUUUCUGCAAAAAAUUGCCUCGUGGUUCAUUGAAGCCUUUGGUUCUUGGUAUGACUUUACAAUUAUUGAUUCAAUUCAGUGGUAUAAAUAUCAUCCUAGGUUAUAUCACCUACAUUUGCGAGAUUGUGGGGCUCGAGGGAAAUGUGAAAUUAUUCACAAGUUCCAUACCCUACUUCAUCAAUAUGGUUUUGAGUUUAUUACCAAUUACGUUUAUCGAUUACACAAGCAGAAAACUAAUCACAGUGCUGGGCGGAUUCCCCAUAAGUGGGCUAUUAGUUACUAUUGGUGCAUUAUUUGUUAGAUAUGGUCAAGAUACCAAACCGAUCGAUGGUAAUAAGAGUUUGGUUUGGUCUAUUGGAGAAAACCCGUUCGUGGGCGGGUGGAUCUUAGCAUUGUGCUUCCUGAUUGUUGGGAUUUUUGCGAUGAGCCUUUCUAGUAUACCUUGGAUUUACACAAAUGAAAUGUUGCCGUCACGAGUGAAAGUGAAAGGAUUUGCAAUUUGCGUAACAUUUGGAUGGUUGGGCAACUUUAUAUUGACGUUUCUAUGUCCUGUGAUGAUCGAAACGUUAAAGGGCACAACGUUUAUAAUAUUUGGGGCUUUCACGUUUAUAAUAACGUUAAUUGUUUUAUUUUUGUUCCCAGAGACAAAGGGAAUGAGUAUGGAAGACGUUGAUAAAUUCUUUGAGUUUGAAAACAGAGUGGACCCUCAUUUGCAUGAGGAGAAGGGUAUCAAGACUCCAGAUUCGAAUUCCAAUAUCGGCUCCAUACGGUCCUCGGAAGAAGGGGAAUUGCAUAAGCCUAUUAAUUUGAAUAGCAAUGAAGAGAUGAUUAUUUGA